UGACCUUUUGCAAGAGCCCGGUGCAUACGCUGUUAGUCACUAUUGAGGAGACGAGCAUAGAGCACUAGCAGCUGUGAUCAACAACUCUGUAAUUAUAUGAUCAGUAAAGGUGAUUUGCCGUUAAUCGAUGACUUGGCUUAUUUGCGUAGGGAUCAGAUAGUAAUCAAGGGCUUACACUGUAGGAAGUACACAACGGGUUGAAUGGAGAUUCCCAGCACAUGGUCCAUCCUGAACACCUUACCCAGUGUACCUCUUCCACCCUGCUGUUCCUCUUCCAUUCUCAGCUAUCCCCUCAUUCCAGAGUGAGUUGAGAUGAUCCGUAUUUACAACCCCCACCGUUUGCCCUACAUGCGUCAGGCAGAAACAUUCCUACGGGCAGGUACUUUAUGUGACACUGUCCUCAUGUCGGAUGGGCACGUUUUCAAAGCUCAUGCCUUGGUGCUAGCCUGGGCCAGCAAGAACCUUGAGCGGCAGCUGACCAGUCAAAAUCCAGGCACAGGCUAUCACUGUAGUGUUGAUAAUGUUUCCCCCCACACGCUUAAGCAAAUCUUGGACUAUGUGUACAGUGAAUGGGUGGACAUCCCUGAUGGGGAUCUUCCAGAGCUUCUGAGUGGGGCUCAGCAUCUGGAGAUUCAGUCACUUGUGGAGCAGUGUCAGAAUCAGGUGGAGAUCCUAGAGAGGGUUAAAGAUGCAGAGCAGAGGCUGUCUCCCAACGUUGAAAUAGGGCAUUGUGAUUCAGAGGCAUGCAAGAAAAUCCCCUCUUCUGAUGAGGCAUCCCCCAUUAGUUCUUCUUUAGAUUCACCACCUGUGACACAUUCUGACCAUGAAAGGUCACAGCCUGUCUCUAGUCCAUCACCUCCCCCGCCACAGAAGCCUCCCUUGUCCAUGGUCAUUCCACCUACUGCAGCUUCCAGAGAUGUCACAGGCUCUAGUUUGCCCACACCACAAGGCCCAUCCUCCACACUCCACUGGCCACCACUAAAUCCUUCACGCCGGAUGGUCCUCAGUUAUAGAGACCUCAUGGCAGUCCACACCUUUCGGGCCUCCCAGCAUAUGGUUGCCUGUUCCUAUCCCACUCCCAUGUACCCCUUCUUUCACCGCUCCCUCCAGCACCAGGUGCCUACCUCUCUGCUGGGCUACCCUGGCCUAGUACAUCCCUACCAUCAUCUGCUCCGCCCUGGCCCUCUGGCCUUGGAUAGUCCGACAGGACAAGGCCUCAAGGGGAAGAAUGAUUCCAUCAGUGCAGUGCUGGAUGGAGCAGCACAGGACAGAGAAAGCAAGCCAAAAGUGCAAUCGGAAAGGGAGAUGCUUUGUAGACACUGCAGCAAGCCGGCUGUUGAAAGCUCAUGGAGGCAGGCAUCCAGGACUGCAACUUCAGGUUCGGAGGAGGCGUAUCAUGGGUGUAAGUUCUGUAAGAGAGGUAUGCGGGAGAAGCGAUCGCUGCGGUCACUCAGGAGGGGUCUCGGGGGUGAGAAACCCUACCAGUGCAAACACUGCAGCAAGAGAUUCAGCCUGAAACACCAACUGGAUACACAUCUCAGAGUACACACAGGUGAGAAGCCUUUUGAGUGCAGGCUGUGUGGCCAGCGAUCGCGUGACUACUCAGCCAUGAUCAAACACCUGCGCACACACGGUGGGGCCACACCCUACCAGUGCACUUUGUGCUUGGAGUUCUGCAGCAGCCUGGCCACCAUGCAGAAGCACUUGAAGGGCCACCCCACCCAGGAUUUUCCACCAAAUUGGAACCUGAGCAGCACCUACCUCUACACCUGCCACACUUAGGAUCCAGCACUCCCGGACAAGUCAAGGUCACUGUCUUACAGUGGUGAAAGAUGAAAAGAUACAAUAUAACAUAAAUCUUAUAUUGUAUUAUAUUAUUUUAUAUUAUAAUAUAUUACUUUUACUUAUUUUAUUAAACAAGGUUUUGUAAAAGACGUAGCUUUUCUAUAAUGCAACAUAUAUGUCUGCAAAGGUCAAAAUAUUAUUCUGAAUACGUAUCUCCUGAAGGACUAGUACUAAGAACAAGUAAAAAUGGACAUCUCUCUCUCACUCUCUCUCUCGCUUUCUCUCACACCCAAAUUCUCUUACUUAUGAUGGAUAUUUAGAGUUGUGUUUAAUUUCACAUAAACCAGGAACUGAUCGCCCUUUUAAGACACUGUACCAGUGUAAACUAAAUUAGAACUAAGAUACCUAAAACAUAUUCAGAGUUUCAUGCCUCAUGGUUGCUGCUUGUAAUCCCUUUCCUUGCAUUUACAUAAAAUAACCAGGUGCCCUUUCAGUUUAGAAGUUUAUCACAGUGUCCUUCAAUCUGGAAUAUGUUCUCAUGCUAUUAUCGCUUUUGUGAUUUUUUUUUUAACAGUGGUGUGAAAGAUGUUAAAGCCAUUCUUAGUACUGAGUUCAUACAUGAGCCAUUUAUGGCUUGUACAUUUUAUGAAUUAAAGCAUUAUUAUUACCUUCAGGAAUAAAUAAAUGAAUGGAUGAAUGAGUGGAAAUAAAUAAAUAAAUAAAA